UGUUCAAGUUUUUAUUUCACUAUCUUUUUUAAACGUUUCAAAUUAAUGUUUUAGGAUUUCUUUGGAAUCGACGUAAAUUCAAGGACUAUUAUCAUAUAUACUGAUCCAAAAUGAAAGAGGAGGCAAGUGGAAUAGAUGAAAUUAUUGAAUAUUCAGAAUUCAAAGAAAACAUCAAGAAUUAUGUAGAAAAAAUAGAAGAUUUUGAUAUAUCGGAACAAUUUAUCGAUGAGAAUGGAGUUCAUGAGAGGACAGUAUACUUGGAAAAUAUUGAAAAUGAAUCCAGACAUCCAUCCACGCACAAUGGUUUUCAUGAUGAUGUUUUGAAAACAAAAGAAAUAAAUAAAAAAUCUUUCAAUUCCAAUAUGAAGAAACAUAAGUGUCACCUGUGUGAUUAUGCUUCAAUUAAGAAAAUUAAUCUCAAAUAUCAUAUAGAAUCAGUUCAUUUGAAAUUGAAGAAACAUAAGUGUCACCUGUGUGAUUAUGCUGUGAAUCAGAAACACAUUCUCAAUGAUCAUAUAGACUCAGUUCAUUUGAAAUUGAAGAAACAUAAAUGUCACCUGUGUGAUUAUGCUCCAACUAAGAAAAAUAAUCUCAAAUAUCAUAUAGAAUCGGUUCAUUUUAAAUUGAAGAAACAUAAGUGUCAUAUGUGUGAUUAUGCUGUAAAUCAUAAAAACACACUCAAAUAUCAUAUAGAAUCAGUUCAUUCGAAUUCUAAAGAACAUAAGUGCCACCUGUGUGAUUAUGCUGCAAAUCGGAAAAUGGAUCUCAAGAAACAUUUUGAUUUGGUUCAUUUGGAAUUGAGGAAGCAUAAGUGUCACCUGUGUGAUUAUGCUGCAAAUCGGAAAGAUUAUCUCAAGAUACAUAUAGAAUCAGUUCAUUUGAAUUUGAAAAAACAUAAAUGUCACCUGUGUGAUUAUGCUGCGAAUUGGAAAAGGCAUAUUGAGAGACAUUUAGAUUCAGUUCACUCAAAUUUGAAGAAACAUAAGUGUCACCUAUGUGAUUAUGCUGCAAAUCGGAUAGACCAACUCAAACAACAUAUAGAAUCAGUACAUUUGGAAUUGAAGGAAUAUAAAUGUCAUAUGUGUGUUUAUGCUACAAGUGUGAAAGCUACUCUCAAAGGACAUAUAGAAUCAGUUCAUUUGAAAUUGAAGGAGCAUAAAUGUCACCUGUGUGAUUAUGCUGCAAAUCGAAAAACUAGUCUCAAACGACAUAUAGAAUCAGUUCAUUUAAAAUUGAAAGAGCAUAAGUGUCACAUAUGUGAUUAUGCUACAAGUUUGAAAACAAAUCUUAAAAAACAUAUAGAUGCUAUUCAUUUGAAAUUGAAGAGACAUAAGUGCCACCUGUGUGAUUUUGCCGCAAAUCUGAGAACGGGUCUUAAAAAGCAUAUAGAUGCUAUUCACUUAAAUUUGAAGGGACAUAAGUGUCACCUGUGUGAUUAUGCAACAAAUUAUAAGGAUUUAAUCAAACAACAUAUAGAAACAGUUCAUCUAAAAUCAAAGGAACUGCAACUCAAAAAACUAAUCUCAAACGACAUAUAGAAUCAGUUCAUGUGAAAUUGAAGGAACAUAAAUGUCAUAUGUGUAAUUAUGCUGCAAAUAGAAAAACGGAUCUUAAAAAGCAUAUAGACUUUGUUCAUUCAAAUUUGUAUGAAACAUAAGUGUUAACUAUGCGAUUAUGCAACAAAUUUGAAAAGGAAUUUCAAGCAACAUAUACAUCCAGUUCAUUCAAAAUCAAAGAAGAAUAAGUGACACCUGUGUAAUUAUGCAAUUUUUAGGACUACACAGAAUGACCACCAAGUAUCUAUACAUGUAACAUUUAUUCUGUUACCAAUGAUAUUUGCAAAAUUUGGACAAUAAAUAAUUUUUUUUAAUCAAAUUUUAAGUCAUUUUAUUAUGCAUAUAGGGAUUUUAUUUAUUUUCAGAUCUUGUUCAGAUUUUAUCUGAAACAUACAUAACCAAUUUUUUUAUUAAAUAUUUUUCUACACCA